AGAAUGUAGUAUAUGGAUCCGCACAAUGUAAUUUAAGUGUUAAAAGUACAAAUGACUCACUGUGCAGUUAGUACAUUGUAGUAGAAGCAAGGCAUGAGGGGGUGGUAAACUGUAAUUUAUAAAGUAGCUAAAGCUGUUAGAGAAAUGUAGUGAAGUAGAUGUCUAAAGUCAAGUACAAGUGCCUCAGAGUAAUUGUACUGAGUUACAUUCCACAAUUUCAAGGAGGUACAUCUAACUUGACACAGAGUUCAAGAAUACCAAAAGGUCUCUCUCCCUCAGUGACCACAGUCUGAGCCUCCCUCGCCAUGACAGACAACAAGCGCCUCGCCUUCUCCAUCCUCCAGUUCCUCCAUGACCAGCUCCAGUCAGGGAAUCUGACCUCAGGCGCCCAGGAGAGUCUGGAAGUUGCUGUUCAGUGUUUGGAGACGGCGUUUGAAAUCUCGACUGACGACCAGACCCUCGCCGUCCCAAUGACGUUACCGGAGAUCUUCGCCUCAGCCACAGACCAGCUUCCAACCGAGUCGCAGGUCAACAACAACUCUGCUUCUCCACCACCUCUGAACUCCCUCACCGAGGAACAGAGAGACGAGGCAGAGACGCUCAAAACCGACGGUAACGACCAAAUGAAAGUGGAGAACUUUGCGGCUGCUGUUGAGUUUUACUCAAAGGCCAUUGCCAUGAACCCUCAGAACGCCGUCUAUUACUGCAACAGGGCCGCAGCGUACAGUAAACUAGGGAACUAUGCCGGAGCGGUACAGGACUGUGAACAGGCCAUCGGCAUCGACCCAAACUACAGCAAAGCCUACGGGAGGAUGGGUUUGGCUCUGGCCAGCCUUAACAAACACACAGAAGCAGCAACUUACUACAAGAAAGCUCUGGAGCUCGACCCCGACAACGACACGUACAAAACCAACCUGAAGAUCGCGGAGGAGAAGAUGGAAACGUCCAGUCCAACAGCAGGGAUGGGUGGAGUAGAUCUGGCCGGUCUGCUCAGUAACCCCGGCUUCAUGAACAUGGCCUCCUCUCUGAUGACCAAUCCACAGGUUCAGCAGCUGAUGUCGGGGAUGAUGUCGGGAGCAUAUGGCGGGAUGCCCGGAGGAGGAGCAGGACUAGGCGGGCAAGGAGCAGGACUAGGCGGACUAGGAGCAGGGCUCGGCGGACUAGGAGCAGGACUAGGCGGACUAGGAGCAGGACUAGGCGGACUAGGAGCAGGACUAGGCGGACUAGGAGCAGGGCAAGGAGGAGGACUAGGAGCAGGGCAAGGAGGAGGACUAGGCGGAGGACUAGGUGGAGGGCAAGGAGCAGGACUAGGUGGAGGACUAGGAGCAGGGCAAGGCGGAGGUGGACCAGGUGGAGGACUAGGAGGAAGUGCGGCGCCCGCUGGAGCCGCCACUGGAGCAGCUGCUGGAGCCGGAGAUUUAUCGGGACUGAUCCAGGCAGGUCAGCAGUUUGCUCAGCAGAUGCAGCAGCAGAACCCCGAACUCAUCGAACAGCUGAGGAGUCAAAUCCGCAACCGAACGCCCAGCGCUGGAAACGAGGAGCAGCCGUGACACUCGGAUACCGUUGGACAGGUUUGCGUGUGGAUGAGAAGAGCUGAUAUGGAUCAUUUAGAACUCGAAGGACUAAAAGGAGUUUUUUGUUGUUUUGUUUCCCCAUCACUGAAUAAUUCCUGCACGAGGGAACGAGGAUCUCCAACCGCUUCGUUCAGGAGCCACGUCACCAAAAAACACCCACUUCCCGCAGCUCUGUGUGGUUUUUAUGAAGAAGAUUUUGACAUUUAACACUUAAGUGUCAAACACAGAUUCAUUCUAAUAAACAAAUACUGCUCUAA